AUGCCUCGCAUAACACGCCCAGGGCGCUCGCGCCAAAAAUCAUGCACCGCGUGCGCGGCCGGCAAGCGUCAGUGCAACCGCCAAACUCCGCACUGCGGCCGCUGCCUCGCGCGCGGGAUUCCCUGCACAUACAUUCACGGGACGCCUCGCGUAGUGCAAGCUCGAGCCAGGAGCCCCGUUUCUUCAGAUGACACACCUGCAUCAUUUGAGUCACUUGAUCGGUCGAUUCCGGAUCUCUCCGAUGAAUUCCUCUCGAUUGCAGAGGCCUCCGAGCCCUGGUUCUCGGGGUACGAGGCAGACGAGGACUUCUUUUCGUGGAUGAGUCUGAGUCCGUCGCUGCUGGGGUUCCCGCAGCUGUCACCGAUGGAGGAGACCCCGGAUAUCAGGCGCAUCGACAAGUGGUCGAAGGAGCAGAGUCUCCGAUGUAUUAAAGAGUUCUCGCGGAUGUUCGCCAAGCAUCGGUGCACGCCGUUUAUUCACGCCCGGUUGUACGAGGCGGAGCUGCCGGAUGCGAUGGCUGAUGCGUUCACGGUGUCUGCGGCGUAUCAUGCGAAGAGUCCGGAGACGCAGGAUCUCGUCUUCCGGAUUCUGGAGAAGAAGAGCAGCCAGCUUGCGUACAAGGAUUACCAGCAGGAAUCGAUAGCGGAACUGCUAGCGGCGGUCCAAGCCUUGGUGCUGUUUCAUACUAUCCAGUUAUUCGAUGGCGAUAUACGGCAGCGGUCUAUUGCGGAGCGAGACGGUGAGCAGUUCAUGCGUAUGGUCGAACAACUACGAGUGCGGGCCAUUGAGCUGGGCCCUGCGUCGACGUGGCAGGCGUGGAUCUUUGGCGAGAGUCUUCGGCGAACGGUGAUUCUGGCGUAUUUUAUGAUGGAUAUAUUCCAAACGCUGAAACAGGGGUAUUGUUCGAAUGUGCCUACCCUCAGUGUACUUCCCUUCACGGCGGGGGAGAACCUGUGGGAGGCAACGACGGAUGCGUCAUGGCAGAAGAAAGUGAGUAAUGCAGAUUCGACUAUGGUCCUCUACGGAGACUUCGCAUCAUCUUUUAAAAGGGGCCGUCUGCGAGGCAAACUAUCGCCUUUCGAGCGAUUCUUACUCAGGCCUUGCGCGGGAGAAGAGUACCGGGAGAUCAUUGAGCUUCAAACCCCCGAUAAUGUGGGAAAUGAAUUAUUAACGAAUCAAUGUAUUGUAACGAAUGUCUGGGCUGAAAAACAACCACAUCUCCACUGUUCACAUCCUAAAACCAAGCAAUCAUUGCCAAUAAAUCCCCCCCGUAUGCACCCUUGCGAGCUCAGUACAGAGAAGACCUCCGGUAACAGACCAUUCGGCGUAGAAUGGAAGGUGAUGAGGCCAGAGAAGCCCUCGUCUGAUCUUGGAAGCUGA